AUGGCAACGGCCAUAAUGACGGAUUUAGGUGGAAUACCUACAUUUGAUUGCCACGGGGAGCAAACUACAGUCGGUGUGCGAUGGACAAAAUGGCGGCGCGCAUUCGAACUUUUCAUAGCAGGAAAAGGCGUGAAGGAUGCUGCACAGAAGAAAGCAUUACUGUUACAUUGUGGUGGGAUGGAGAUGCAGGACAUUUUCUUUACGUUUACACUGGAAGAUCCAGGGGAAAAUCAGACUGUGUACGAUGUCGCGAUGAAGAAAUUAGACGACCAUUUCAAACCACAGGUAAAUGAUGCAUAUGAGAGACAUUUAUUUCGCGCUAUGAAACAGUCCCAAAAUGAAACAAUAGAUCAAUUUGUUACAAGACUGAGACAAAAAGCUGAAUUUUGUGGAUAUGGCACGAAAACAGAUGAGAGUAUCAGAGACCAAGUCAUUGAAAAAUGUAGCUCCUCUGUUCUGAGACGUAAACUUUUAGAAAGGGGUAAGGAUCUCACACUCGAAAAAUUACAAACAAUCGCUAGAGCUCUUGAAGCAAGUGAAACACAGGCGUUUACCAUGGAAAACAUAAAAUCUGAAGUGAAUCACGUGCAAGUUAAGGGGUCACGUUCAUGUAAAGCGUCAGUAACAAAGAAACCAAGUUCAGAUAAACGAUGCUAUAGAUGCGAUCGAGAAGGACAUAACCAAUCAAGUGACAGAUGUCCAGCAAAAGGGAAAGAGUGUCACAAGUGUGGACGUACAGGUCAUUUUGCCAAAUGUUGUAAGUCUGGAACUGUGAAUAAACCAACUAAGGGGGCGCAGUAG